UUCAAAAAUUCUCGUCUCUCCAAUGGAAUGGAUUAGAGGUCCCAUUAUAGGCAGGGGCAGCUCCGCCUCCGUCUCCGUAGCCACCACUUCCUCCGGUGAGCUUUUCGCCUCGAAGUCCACCGAGCUCUCUUCUUCUAUCUUUUUGCAGAAAGAACAGUCUAUUAUUUCUCAACUCAACUCUCCCUUUGUAAUUAAGUGUUUAGGCUCUGAUACUACUUGCGAGGACAAUAAGCCUAUUUACAAUCUUUUCUUGGAGUAUGUUCCCGGGGGGGCGUUAUCCGAUAAAAUCAGAAAGGAGGGGAGUUCAUUAGAAGAGUCUAUGAUUCAAUUUUAUGCACAUCAAAUGGUGCGAGGAUUGAAUUAUCUUCAUUUGAAUGGAGUGGUACAUGGAGACAUAAAGGGCCAGAAUGUUUUGAUCGGAGAAGAUGGUAUAAAAAUCGCGGAUUUUGGUUGUGCUAGAUUGAUAAAAGAACAUGAUGAUACCAUUGACGGGAAACCAAGAUUCUCCGGUACACCGGUGUACAUGGCACCGGAGGUUGCUCGGGGUGAAGAACAAGGACUCCCUGCUGAUAUUUGGGCACUGGGAUGCACAGUUAUUGAAAUGGCCACCGGAUGCACCCCGUGGCCGGAGAUGCAUGAUCUGGUAUCAGCUCUGUACAGAAUCGGAUAUUCCGGUGAUAUACCAGAAUUUCCGAGGUGGUUGUCUAAUAAGGCUAAGGAAUUCUUGAGCAAGUGCUUAACAAGAGACGCUAAACUCCGGUGGACAGCCGGAGAACUUCUUGAACACUCAUUUUUCGACGGUUUGCGGGAUAAUAGUGGAGAAGUAAGAGAAUUCAAUAGGAUAUCUCCGACCAGUGUACUGGAUCACGGCUUUUGGGAUUCAAUGGAGGCACCGGAGAAUCCUUCCCGGAAUCCUGAUUCUCCGGCAGAUAGGAUCAGUCGUUUGAUCAGGGAUUCUUUGUCAAUAAGUUCAAACCUACCAAACUGGACAGAGAAAGAAGACUGGAUUACAGUCAGGGGAAUUGACUUUGAAGGAAAUUUUGAGCAGAACAGCUGCAUUUUCAUUCAGGAUUUUGGAGCCUUGACUUCUAAUGCAGAAUCUUGUACAUUUAUGAAUAUAGAUGAAGAUGAGCUUCAAAUCUCAAUUGCCGUUGAGGAUUCAUUAUUCGAUUGUUUUUCUUAUGAUGUUAGCAUUAAAGAUGUGUAUGUAUCAACAAUUCUUGAUUUUUAUACAGCAAUUAUUAAUGGAAAAUUUUUUGCCAUUCAAUUUUUGUUACAAACUGUAUCAUCUCUUUGUUUACCUAUUCUCUAACCGAUUCAUCUAGAAGUAUUAAUAUGCAUGAGAGGAAUUUUUUCAUCUAUGAG